AUGGCAGUCUAUGCCUCUCAGCUUGGGUCCAAAGGCCCCUUCACGAACAAUGCUCCCGUCCUGCCAACCCAUGCGCCUCCAGCUGGUACGUUUUUGCCUGGCACAAAGGUUCAGGUGGGAGAUCACAGGGUUAUCAUCGAGCGCUAUCUUUCCGAGGGCGGGUUUGCCCACGUCUACGUUGUCCUACUCCCUCGCCCCGUCGAUGGCAACCAGAAAGCAGUGCUCAAGCGAGUGGCUGUCCCAGACAAGGAGCACCUGGCCAACAUGCGGACAGAAGUUGAGACCAUGAAAAGACUGCGGGGCAAAAAGCAUAUUGUCAAGUAUAUUGAUUCGCAUGCUUCCCAGCUGAAAGGUGGCGGAUAUGAGGUGUUUCUGCUCAUGGAAUUCUGUCAGGGAGGAGGACUCAUCGACUUCAUGAACACUCGGCUGCAGAACAGGUUGACCGAGCCUGAAAUCCUAAAGAUUUUUACGGAUGUGGCCGAGGGAGUUGCGUGCAUGCACUACCUGAAACCGCCUCUGUUGCAUCGAGACCUCAAAGUCGAGAAUGUUCUCAUUGCCACGAACGGCUCAUCUAGGAUAUAUAAACUUUGCGAUUUUGGUUCGGCGGCUCCUGCGAGACCGGCUGCUACGACGGCUGCAGAAGGACGUCUAAUCGAAGACGAUAUCAACCGCCACACGACCUUACAAUACCGCAGCCCAGAAAUGAUCGAUGUCUACCGAAAACAACCCAUUGACGAGAAAGCCGAUAUUUGGGCUCUCGGGGUGUUUCUGUACAAGCUUUGCUAUUACACAACCCCGUUCGAAGAAGUCGGGCAGAUGGCCAUACUAAACGCCAAGUUCAAGUUUCCUGGCUAUCCACGAUUCUCUGACCAACUAAAGCUGCUCAUUGCUUCCAUGCUUCGGGAACGACCGACAGACCGGCCAAACAUAUAUCAGGUGCUACAAAAGGCCUGUCAAUUGGACGGCCGGGAAUUGACUUUUGAAAACAUCUAUGCUCGGCGGACGCAAUCGGAGAGUCGUAAAGACCAAGUUCUCCCACAGCCAUCCAGCUCGCAAUCAAGAGCUGGAGCCACCUUGUCUCCUCCCAAACCAGCCGCUCCUCCAACUGUCCCUGAUAUCGAACCAAUGCGGCGGGGACGGCCAACCAAACCUGUAUCUCACCAUGGCUCGGCAAAACCAAGCCCUUCGCCUCUACGAAUGAUGGAUAACGCACACCCUGAUGCCUUUGCAGCACUGGAUGGGAACAAGGCCUCUGUGGAAGAUGAGUUUUCUUCAAGAUUCCCGACACUAGACCAGUUCUCUUUAAUGACUGACAAGGGCCAAAAAUUUGCGUUCGAAUCUCAAUCGGAGAAGAAGAGAGAGCCUGUCGAUGCGAACCUUGCGCAACGAGUGACCAACGCUCUAGCAGACGAUGCAUUUGCAAGGCCUCCCAGCCCACCAAAGCCGAAACCAGCCACAGAGAAACCGGCACCCGUUAGCAAAUCGCAGACCGUGUUGCAGCAUAAGAAGUCCUUAGAAAAUAAAGAGACACAAGCACGAGCAAGCGCAAUAAACCCACCACCGGUUACUGCCCCUAAGCCUGCCAUGGUGUCCACCGGUACUAUGACGUCGCCUUCACCUCCUCCUACGACGGAUGCCAAACCGUUUUCAGAUCGUCCAACCAACCGCUUCUCUCCCAUCGAGCAACCAUCGAAACCGCCGGCGGCGCAGAAAUACGAAACUAUGGAAUUGCCUCCUAGGGAACCACGAUCUACUCGUAAUAAAGAGGUAUCAAGGCUGGCAAAUCUUCUGAGGGAAGAUGGGUACAGGUCACAGCUUGCUGGGGAUCUAGAGCCAAGGUCGCCAACAUCAUCACGCCCAUCUCUGGAGGGAGGUCGACCGACCAUGCGAGAACUCAAUUCCGGAGUGAGUAGGUCAAGGUCACUGAAUUUCAGGAAUCGACCAGCCAGCGUUAAUAUCGGGGCGAGGCCGACUCACAUCAAAGACAAGGAAAUAAAAAACCUUGACUAUGACACGACUUUUAAAAGUGCAGAACCUGAAAUGGCGCCCUUGGCACACGUCGAGUCCGCAACAAACAUUGCCUCAGACGUGGACUUUCUUAAGGCUAAAGAGGAGGAAGAAAAAUCGCGCAGGCACCAUAGAAGGUUGGGCAGUGGCUCAAGACAUCUCAAAAGGGCCAGCUUGCCAUCCAUCGUCCCUAAUAUCGCGGGAACGACCAAGUUGUUGGCUGGCAAGUUUGGAGACGCCUUCAAGAUGUUUGAGAGCAAUAACGACCCGGCUCAUCACCGACAGCGGAGUGACUCCCCCUCCCGCGACCCCAUCAACAUUCUCACUCCAAUUGCGGGCUCUGAAGCCACGGAUCUCAGCGAUGACCGUCAGCCGUGGGAUGACAUGGAGGAUGUAUCGCCUGAAAUGAGACGGGAGAUGGAAAAGCGCAAACUCGAGGCUGAAGAAAGAAGAGUGGCUCAAGCAGCCGCAGAGUACAGACAACGACUAGCAGCAAGGGGGGGCGGAGCUGUAGGCAGCAGUGGAGGGGUGGGAAGGUCGGCUACCAUUCAGAAUAGGGUGAAGUCGCUCAUGAGCGAAAAUGAUCGGCCUGCACAAAAGACAGCAACCGGCUAUGGCCAUUACACUGAAUCCCCGUCGCAUCAGCAUGGUCACUCGAAUGAUAGGGGACCACCUCAACCCCCCAGGCCGUCCCAAGCUCAAGCAACCGGCAGAAUGGAAAGGCACGGCAUCCCUGAAGUUGUGGCGUCUGCACCAGCCUCGUUGACAGAUCUUACGAGGGUAGACUCCCGAGGACAGAAGCCAGCCGCACCGCCGAAGCCGAAGGUACUGCAGACGGCUGGCAUUGGAGAGUCGGCUGUGGUGAAUACAAGUGAAGUAAAUGCUCGAGCGGCGCAUGAUGAAGACUGGGAAGCCAACUUCAGCAAGAGGUAUCCCAGUCUCGCCGGAAUUGAGAUGGUGGAAACGUCGAUAGAUGGGCCGAAGAGCACCACCGCUGUCCGCACAAAAGAAGUGUAA